ACACUACCAGACAGAACUGGAGACACAGGGACACGGGACAGUGCUGGACAUAGAUGGCAUGGUCAUUGCUCAGGUGCUGCACAGGUUGGGGGCGGGACGUUCGAAGGCCGGAGACCCUGUCAAUCACAGCGUGGGGGCGGAGCUUCUGGUGUCUUUGGGACAGAAGGUGGAGAAAGGGCAGCCAUGGCUGCGUGUCCACUWCGAGACUCCGGCGCUGAGUGCAGAGCAGAGACUCAGUCUACAAGGGGCGCUGACACUGGGGMCCGYCGACCAGCUACACACACAGCCACUAGUGGCAGAAAUCAUACUGCCAUAGUGACASAAAUCCACUCUAUGUUAAAGCUUGAUUGGGAGAUGACCUGCCUUUGGGAAUCUCAGUGUUUAAUUUUUAAAGGAUGUAUAGUUCAGAUCUAAAGGCCUGUGUCUCCUGCUCUUCACUCUCAAAGUCCUCUCUAAUUCGCUCAUAUAAAGUCACAUGAUUCUGUGGAGACUGAA